AUGGAGUGCGGCACGGAUAGUGGUCCUACUAUGGCCAGCACCUUCUCCAGCUCCGCUGCAGUCGUUGACGACGACGACGGCUCGGUGUCAUUUACCCACGAGAAGGAGAGGAAGGCAUUACCAGCCACAACCACGCCCUCCAAGAUGCAGGCCGUGAUCCGCUGGUGGAAGUCUAUGCGGUUGCAGUUCGGCGACGAUCUGUUGCUCCAGAUUUUCUUUGUCUACUUCACCCAGGGUAUUCGAAGCACGCUCUGCUCGCUGGGCACGAGCUACUACCUGAACGAGACGCUGGCGCUGCACCCGGCACAGUCCGAGUCACUGCGUGCCACCACUGCUAUCCCAUGGAUCAUCAAGCCGCUGUACGGCAUGCUGUCCGACAGCGUCCCUAUCUGGGGCACGCGCCGCAAGUCUUAUUUACUCAUCUUCAGCGCCAUCUCGGCCGCCGCCUACUUCGUGCUCUCCAUGCCAGGUCUCAUCACGACCUAUGAGAGUGCUCUGGUGGCGCUUGUGGUCGCGAGUCUCGGUAUCGCUUUCUGCGACGUGGUCAUUGAUGGAAAAGUCGUGGAAGCUGCACGAAGCGAGCGUGAGGACAUGGCAGGCAACCUCCAGACGCUUUCAUGGAUUUCGCUGUCGGUAGGGUCCGUACUAGGAUCGGUGGUCUCAGGCUAUGCCCUGAACACGUUCGGACCCCUUGGUGUGUUCUUUAUCUCAGCACUGGGUCCACUAUGCGUGGUCGUGAUCUCCAUUAAAACCCCAGAGGAGAAGAAUGUGCCACAAGGAGACGUCGGCUUCUUCCUAACGCUGCAAGAUCAAUGUCGCACUUUGGCGUCGGUUGUAGUAGACCCCAUCUGCUGGCGUCCAAUGCUUUGGAUCUUCCUGUCUAAUGCGCUACCACCCAGUAUGGGUGAGGCCAUGUUCAGUUUUAAGACCGCCGAGCUGGGUUUCUCCAAGUCCUUCCUGGGUUUCAUCUCCACGGUCGGCAGCAUCACUCUUCUGGGCACCACUGCGCUCUACAACGCCUAUUUCUGGAAUAUGCCCUUCCGCCGUAUGUUCUUCCGCAUCCAAUUGGCCUCGGCCUGCGUGUCGUUUGCCGAGUUCGUGCUGGUAUCGCGCCUGAAUGUUUCCUUCGGCAUCAGCGACCGGUUCUUUAUCUUUGGCGAUGAGAUCCUCUCGGACGUCGUGGCUCGCCUCAAGCAUAUGCCAUCACUCGUGCUUUGCGCCAAGAUCUGCCCACCGGGUAUCGAGGGCACCAUGUUCGCGUUGCUGAUGUCCAUCUACAAUUUCUCGUGGUCUGUGGCCUCGUACGGCGGUUCGUGGCUGUGCAAUUAUCUGCAGAUCUCCAAGACCAACUUUGCGGGCCUUGCUGUUGGCGUCACUAUACGCAGCAUGGCCAAGAUUAUGCCGCUUUUCCUACUAUUCAUGGUGCCGGCGACUACUUCCAUUAGCAGCUCGUCGCUGGCGUCCAAAACUAAGUCGAAGAUGGCACAAGUAAGGAAACAGAGCGCGAGCAGUGACAACGAUGACACUGGCAUCGACCUCAAGGUGCAGGUGUAA